AUGCUCGAGCUGCGCAUUCGAAUUGCGGGUCAUCUUUUGCUAAUGAUGCUGGGCGACGUGGCCGGAGCCUUUCACCACGUACCUAUGCAUACCGACCAUGUCCACAUAUUUGCAUUCAGAUUCGACUGCUACGUCAUCAUUGAUUUAUCCUGCGGAUUCGUCUGGUGCGGAUCACCGGCGUAUGACUCGCUCCCAGGAUCGCUCAUUAACAAUCUCUAUCAACGUGAACGACCCAGCCCAAUACUGGCCCCGAUGGGCCGUUUGUCGGUAACUACUGGUAUGACGAUCACACAUGUGCGUAAUUGGAUACAGGCACAAGGCGUGCAAAAGCAAAUCUGGCGUUACGUAAGUCGAUGGCGGUGGUGCUUGGUCCAGCAGCGAUCAGCGAAGAAAGUUCACGAUUUGGUCGACAAAUGUGAGGGCUCUGGGACUACUCUGGGAUACACGCGCUGGCACAGAAUCGGUGCCAGCCGACAAAGUUUUAAAGACUCGAAACUGCUCCUUGACAUGACAAGUUGCACCCAAUCCAUGAUCCACAAACUUCUCGGCAGCCUACGCUACAUUUCGACGAGUUUUGCGCCCACCAGAGCUUUUUACCAAACAUUCAAGUCUUUUCGACAGGAUUCUACACCCAACGUGUUCGUCGACCCGUCACGGACGACGUACGCGAUUACCUGAGCUGGUUUCUCGCAAUCUUAGAGCUUCAGCACAAAUUCAACACCAUCCCGGUUGAGCACUUAUCUCGCCUCGAUCCUCCAUCUCACCACAUGUUCUUGGAUGUAUCGGACACUGG